CCUGUGAGGACGGAGGUGUUCGACCCCACGACAUCCGGUGUGGUGACAUGAACAGUGUUUAAGGAACUCGUGUGCCCCCGUAUCGAUUCUCUUCUUUCUUAGAUCCGAACCGAUUGCGACCGAUUCAUGUAACGCGUGUAACCGAUCACAUUGUCGAACGGACCGAGAAAAGAAUUCAAGCGUACAGUGUUAGAAACGGUCUUUCUCACGAUGCCCAGGUACCUCGGCCUGAUUCUCGUUAUCACUGCGUGCGCCCACGUAUACGGAGCGAAAAAAUGCGAAGGGAACGGGUUAGGCUUGAAAUAUGUGUGGGGAGACGCGCUCACGGAUCCAGCUGACUGUGUAGGACCAAAUAACAUGGAGUAUCCGACAUGUUUGCUCGCUCUUAUCAAUACGAACGACUGUCACAGUGCUGCGAUAUCGAGAAGUUACAAGAACCUUUGGACGAACAGCCGAAUGGCCAGGUCCCGUCAGCCUCGGACAAUCGAUCCUGAAUUAACCAGGCAGGCUCUACUUCACAAUUACAAGAUCGCUCAUGGAGAUAGACAGAACUUCUCUGAAAUCAGAAUAUUAAGAAAUACAUACUUGUUUUAUGCGACACAACGGAUCUUGCUUCCAGGUAGAGGAUUUUCCUCGAAGGAGACAUGUGGCUCGCCAGCCAGAUUAUGCAAAACCAAGUACAACACCACCGCACCUAUGUACGGAGUCAGCUUAACCAGCGGUCAACCUGUUACCAUCGUGCAGAAGUUCCCCGAUCUUCUGCAGCAGGUCGUGUUCGAAGUUUGCGAAUCGAAAGAGUGCGACGUGGUCCAUGGCGAGUGCACGCAGACGUACGUGCCGUAUCUGUUUCUGGUGAUCCCGCUUGGGCCGGUGACCUUGACCGGUCAAGAUUACGUUCUGGUGGAGAGCGGUUGCGUGUGCAAACCGAGAAAUUCGGCGAGCGCCACGUCGGAGCCACCGGCCGUGCCAACUUUUUAAACGUUCGUCGAACCCGAUCAAGUGAUCAACAUCGAGCGUCACCGGUGUACAUUUAAGCGCCGAACGAACACAGCUCGAGAUCAGCGUCGAACGUGACGAAUCGGUGGAAGGUGACCCCACAGCUCGAACAACCUCGCCGAAGAACCUAGUAACCUCUUUGACGGACCUAGCAAAGAAUGCUGAAACCAGUAUUGAAGCCGCUGGAGAAUUGAUUUCUCGGGAGAAAUCUGCUGUACGAACGAUCUUCUCUAUGAGCUCGCUGCGAUGGCGCACGACUCUUUUGCACGACGGGAUAGUAAUAACGUUUAACGAUGGAUCGAUCAGCUUUUCUAGUUCGUCCGCAAUAUCCGCGAGGAAAUUUCCUUUCUACCAGAAACUGAAGGAACUCCUCUCUUCGCUGCGGUCACGAAUUUCUUUGGAAAUUCUUGAUGGCUCCGAGAGUCCACGCAUACCUGGUUAAUAAUUUAGGUCUCUCAUCGUAACUCUUGUAUCAUGAACUGUUAUGUACGAACUGUUAGCGUCAAUUUGUUUGCAAAAGGGGACGAGGCCUGGAAGAAGCAUCGGUAAUCGAGGCGCGCUUCGCGUGCUCGUAUAAUGAUGCGUGGCUCUUUUACCGUCGUUUUUCUCUCUUACAUCGUCGUGCGAAGGAAAAAAAAAAGACAAGGGAAAUAAGUUAGAAGAUGUUAUUUCAGCGUGAAAAAACAAAUCGGAGCAGCGGCGGUCGUUUUUCGCGGAAUCCGGUCUCGGGAUCCAAUCGAGUUCACUAGACCUGCUCACGAGCCGGUUUCGAGCAGGUGUAUAGAACAGCUUGUAACAGUGCUCCGCGCGAAGUAUAGGCGAGAAAUUCUUUCGAAAGGUAUCGUAAAAGUUAUAUCAUUUGCAUUAACCGCGCCGUAAUAAGGCGGAAACGUCGUUAAUGCGUUCUCCGGCUCUUCAAAUCGUUACGUCGUUCGUUCUGUUUCGUUCCUCACAAGAUAAUCCAGUGGAAUUAGUUCAAUUUACGGAGUCAAUUUAAUGUAGUGCAAGACACAGGCGAUCGGAGCGAUCGUUAAGCGAACGAAAGUUCCAACCUCGACUUCAUUUCCCGCUACGUAUAUAUUGUAACUCUCGCGGAUAUGUUU